UCGUUUUCAAUAAAAUAUUCGCAUGCCAAUUGGAACUCGAAUUUGGUUUACAAGAAGAAUACAAAGCCCACAUUGUGGAAUCAGACAGCUGAUAACAACUCUGUCAAUCAGCCUCAUCAGCAUUGGGAUCUUCUCCUCCUUCCACAGCAUCCCGGACUCAUCAUAUUUACUUCGACCCAGCCUUAAACUUCUGCAAAUCCAUCCCUUGUCAUCCGAACAACUGAGCAGAAGGAAAACAUGGAACGAGUUUGUAUGCUGGUGUUGAUCCUGUCCCUCUUCUGUUCUUUCCACUUCUUGACAGUAGGUUCGGUUGAAGAUGAAGCGAAGAGAUCACUCAUCAGCUUUCUCUGCAGCCUCUCGACCUGCAGCACUACUAACUCUGUUUUGGAUCCUCGAUUUAACUGGACCAUCGACUCUGACCCCUGCAAGGACAAGUGGAGCCGAGUAGGGUGCAACAAGAAAGAAUCCUCGGUCACGAGUCUCUACCUUGACCAGCUCAACCUCUCGGGACCGCUCAAGCUCGACCCCCUCUGCAAAGUUCCAGCGGUCGCAGACUCCCUGUCCAAGCUUGUGCUUGAUGGGAACUCGAUCAGCGGAGAGGUCCCACCUGCUAUCUCGAGCUGCCGUCAGCUCACCCAGUUCCAGGUGAGCCGGAACCACCUCUCGGGAAAGUUACCCGAUUCUCUCUCAGCAUUAAACAACCUCAAGAAGCUUGAUAUUUCCUUCAAUAACUUUUCUGGGCACUUACCAAACAUGGGAAGAAUCUCGGGCUUAAAGCUAUUCGAUGCCCAGAACAACUCUCUCACUGGGAAGAUCCCCGAGUUCGUCUUUUCGAACCUCAACUACUUCAAUGUCUCGUAUAAUAACCUCAGCGGCCCCAUCCCAAGAAGCGCGAGAGAUUUUAGUGUGGACAGCUUCAUGGGGAACCCUUUCUUGUGCGGAGCUCCCCUAACAAGUAAAUGCCCGAAGUCGAAGGGGCAGUCCACGAAGGAUAUCCUCAUGUACUUAGGAUAUGCCUUACUAGGAUUGGUCCUUCUCAGUGUCAUUGUGUAUAAGAUCUAUCAGCGGAAGAAGAAUGCUGGGAAGAGGGACGAGGCCGUUACAGCAAAUGACAAGGUAGUUGCCCUCGAUGACAAUGGGGAUAAGUUAAAUCAGGAAUCGGGCGAGAUCAGCAAAACAGGAAAUUCUAUCGUGAGCGGACCGGUCUCGACCUCUCUGGUGGUGCUCACAAGCCCGACCGCCAAUGGCCUGAGGUUCGAGGACCUAUUGAGAGCACCAGCGGAGCUGCUCGGGAGAGGAAAGCACGGGGGCCUCUACAAGGUGAUUUGCGAGAAUGGGACAACCUUCGCGGUGAAGAGGAUAAAAGGAUGGGCGAUAUCCAGUGAUGAGUUCAAGAAGAGGAUGCAGAGGAUCGACGAGGCGAAGCAUCCGAAUGUGCUGCCUGUCAUUGCUUUCUACUCAUCGAAGCAGGAGAAGCUCCUCGUGUAUGAGUACCAGCAGACCGGAAGCCUAUUCCGGCUUCUUCAUGGUAUCCAAAUGGGCCAAACUUUCGAAUGGACAAUGAGGCUCAAUGUUGCUGUUGGCAUCGCCAAUGCACUAGCUGCAAUGCACCAGCACCACCGGGAAAGCAACAUUGCUCACGGGAACCUGAAAUCAUCAAACAUCCUGUUCAACAAGAACAUGGAACCCAUUAUCAGUGAGUACGGCCUCAUGUCACAGGAUGGUGACACGUCAUCUGACGAUAGUUCCUCGCAAGCCAUCACAGCCACUUUCGAGGCGGACAUCUAUGGGCUUGGUGUGAUCCUCCUUGAGCUCCUGACUGGUAAGCUGGUCCAGAACAAUGGUUUCAACCUGGCCAAGUGGGUUCACUCAGUCCUCCGGGAAGAGUGGACCGUUGAGGUGUUUGACAAGUCACUCAUCUCCGAGGAAGCGAGCGAGGAGAGGAUGGUGGACCUGUUGCAGGUGGCAGUCAAGUGUGUCAACCCUGAGCCAGCAAGCAGGCCCAAUGCAAACCAGAUUGCUACCAUGAUCAAUGCAAUAAAGGACAAUGAGGACCGGUCCCUGGCUUUCGAACCAUGAGAUAAAUAAUGAAGAUGAUCUUUUCAAGGAUAAAUCUUCGAUUUUUGGGGAUAGAAUUGGAUGAAGUAUAGGCUGGCCACAUAAAACUUUGCAUGUCUUCAUUAGUUCAAUGAAUAAUGGAGCAGUAUAUGUUCUGCUGCUUGGGAUAGAUUACCAGUUACUUUCAUGUGUUCUACUCUGCAA